AUGUCUUCUUCUGACAAAUCCAAUGCUUCAGAUCAUGAACGUAAUUACAAUCAAGAUUCCUUCAAAGAAUCCGAACAACCCGAGACCGAAGCCAAAGCGAAGGAGGAAACCCGAGUUUUCUACUGCAAAUUCUGCAGUAGAAAUUUCUCCAAUCUACAAGCAUUAGGAGGCCAUCAGAACGCCCAUAAACGAGAAAGAGAUAUUGCCAAAAGAGAGAAAGCCGCGGCAGCCGCCGCCGCCGCCGGUGGAAGAACUACGGACGUCUUUGAUUCAAUUGGGUCUUUUUACCAUCCGUACUAUUCGGCAAUGGCGAUUCACUCUCUGCGAAACAAGUCCCCGGGGUUUCCGAUUCGGCCGCAAUCGGUGAUUCGUAAACCGAGUCGGUCCCGAGUGGAAUUGAGCGGCGGCGGCGCCACCGCUGCUGCUGCUGCUGCCGCCGCCGCCUAUGGAUAUCGGUGGUGGCCGAGAGAACAGUACAUGGCGGCGUUGGCGGCGGCGCAACAGCAACAAAUACAAAGUGGGGGAUUAUUACAAGGCUUUAACAAUGGAUUUGAAUCCAUAGCCAUGGAGAAUAUAAACGCUUCUUCUUCUUCUUCUCCCCAGAUUUUUGGGGCUGAUCAGUGCAUUGUCAAUGGCCUUGAUUUAUCUCUCAAACUUUGA